AUGUCAGACCCCGUCCCUCCACCAUCACCACCGCAAUCCACCUCCGAAGAGGAUGCAGCAACCACCUACCGCCGCCUCCCCCGCGAGCGCCUCGAAGACUUUGACGCCCACCCCUGGUGCCGCGCGAUCCUGAACGACCCGACGGUCACCAAGACGAUGCUGCGGCAGAUGCCGCCUCCCUUCGACACGUCGGUGUCGAACAGUCUGUUCACGAAGACGUUUUUCACGGACGACGCUAUCCGUGCGUUUGUGUCGCUGUAUCGGCCGUUGCCUGGCACUACAUCGGCGGGGGAGGGAGAGGGAGGAGGAACUGGCGGAGGAGAGAUAGAGCCAGGGAAAGGCGAAUCGCUGCUCCUGAUAUCGCUGGGGAAGUCCAUCGACGGCGGACUGAGGCGUCUGCAUGGCGGGGUGAUAGCCACGCUGCUGGACCAGGUGAUGGGGAUUCAUAUAUCGUAUGCGUACGGGAUGUCCAGCGCGACAGCGGAGCUGGACGUCCGGUUCAGGAGGAAGAUCGACACGCCGUGCGUGGUGCUGUGUCGCGCGAGGAUCGAGAAGGUGAAGGGGAGGUGGAUUGAGCUGGUGGGGAGCGUGGAGGAUGGGUUGGGGACGGUUUAUGCGGAGGGGAGGGGCGGGUUCGUGAGGAAUAGGGAGGCGAGUGACGGGGAGAAGGCGAAGAUGUGA